ACUGCGCCGCGAUCAAAACACAAACCGUCGCAAAGGCCAUAACAAAAACAACUUUCUCGGAGCCGGCAUCCGGGCUUUUUUCACUCGUGAAUUUCCAUCGAUUUUCCCUCGGGGUGGCAACGAUGAGCGCGAAAAAGGAACCGGAAUCAUUUGGCUUCUGGCUGCCGAACCAGUGCACGGCCAAGACGAUGGACCAGCUGACGCCGCACAAGCUGGCCGUGGUCUUUCUGAUUCAGGAGUAUUUGUCGCUGAAAAAGUUGGCGGAGGAGAAUCCGGCGGUGGAGUUUACGGCUCGGGAUAGGAGGAAGUUUUGUAUGCUGCUGUUGAAGCUGAUUCAGUACCCGGACAUGGCGUAUAAGGAUUUGUACGGGUUGCUGACGUCGCCGGUUUACGGGAUUCAUCGGGCUCAUUUGGAGGAGUUUGAGAAGUUGAUGAAGCUGCUGAAGACGGUGGGCGUGGAGGUGCUGUUUGAUUUGUACAACGUGAUUGAUAAGCUGAUUACGGAUAAUGCGAGCAGCUAUCAGAUUGGAAUCGUGGGGUUGUACUUUCGGCGGGUUUACGUCACGCUGGAUAAGAUGAGCUUUCCGGAGUUUAUGGCGCUGUAUAGGAAUUCUGUGUCGUAUUAUGAGAAAGGGGCGAGGGCGGUGCAGAUUUCGGCGAGUGCGUUUUCGAACAGCGAUUGUUUUAUGAAGCCGGAGACGCAGCCGGUUUAUAAGGAUCGGAACGCUACUAGUAAGUGGUCCACCAAGCAGUCGGAGCUGUUUGUGGCGCAGCAGAGUGCGUUGCUGCAGAAUAAUGAGAUUGGGGCGUUGUCGCCGAAGGAGAUGCAGGCUCGGUUGAACGAGAUUAUCCACGAUCAUCCGCUGUACUCGCAGGCUUACUUUUUGAGUUAUUUGAACAGCGUAAGGGUGAGGGAUUUCUUCAACGCGACGGAUGCGCUUCAUCGCUCGUUUGAUCGGAGUACGCUGCACUCGAUGACGAUGGUUCAGGACAACAAGGAGUACCAGUAUUCGGCGCUGAACUUGGCGAUUCUUCAUGCUCAGUUUAACCACAACGAGGAAGCUUUGGCGAGCAUUAAGGAGUGUAUAAUGUUGGCGCAGGAAAACAGUGACAAGAUCUGUCUGCAGUUGGCCCACGCCUGGCUGUGCCUGCUCGACUCGAGCAAGUCGCAGUUUUCCGAGAAGAACAUCGCCAACAAGGAGCUGAUGACCCUGGUUCACUCCAUCUCCUUGGGAAUUCAAUCGCUGGUCAAGUCGUCCGCUUCUACCGGCUACACUCCGGCCAAGUUGUUUGAGGUUCUGCUCAAAUCGGACAUUCUCAACUGCCAGACGUCGAUGAUGGACUUGAUCGCGAACGGUAUCGCCGAACGAGCCGCUCUCUGGGCAAUCUACGGCAAGAACGAGAUCUCUUCGCUCUGCUCCCAGCUGUUGCUCAACUCGGACCUUAAAACCCUCGGCAAAACCUACAACGGCGAAGGAAUCUGUCAAGCCCUGUGCUCACUAAUCAUUUGGCUGGCCAUCCAAGGCGAAUUCAACCUCUCGCUGACCGUGCUUAAACACACCCGCGAACGAUUCCCCCGCUAUCCGCUCUCCAAGUCCUGGAUGAUUGCCGACUUCUACAUCAGCUCGAUCCAGGCCAUCUUCCGCGGCGAAUGGACCGACGCCAGCAACGCCUGCUACCAACUCUACCCGCUGGACAAGCAUCUCUCCCUGCUCCAACGAGCCCAUCUUGCCCUCGCCCGGCUCAACCCGAAAUCCGCCGACCAACUCCUCCGUCUCCUGCUCGACGACGACUCCCUGGAACCUCUAACCCGCGUACGUGCCCUCAUUCUCGUCGCUCACACCCUCACCCAAACCCCGCAAACCACCCAAAUGGAGGUGAUCAACGUCCUGAACGAAGCCCUCGUCAUCGCCAACAAAAACUACCUCGACUACGAGAAGGCCCUCAUCGAGAUGCACUUUGGCCACGUCCUGCUCACCAUGAAGCUGCCCACCCAAGCGCUCAAAUCCGUCAAAGGUUGCCUCGAGAACAUCCUCACCAACGGCGGAAUCUACGACAAGGCAAAGGUGCUGUUCCUCUUCACCAAGUGCACGGUGGCCGUCGAACAAGACGCGCCGGAAAAGCUGGCCGCGAUGGCCAAAUGUUUGCCCAUGCUGGAACAAGCCGUGCAGUACUUUACCAAGCUCGAGUGCUUCGUGAAGGUUAAGGACGUGCACGGGUACGUGGCCCGGUUCUACCAUGAGCUAGGGAUGGCCACCGAGCGGAACCAGCACGCGUACCGGUUCCGCCAGGUCGAGCAGCAGCACCCGACGGCGCGUGAGUACUUGGGGUUGUUCUUUUGAAAUACACACGGGAUUUAAAAUUAA